AUGCAAGCCCAAAUUAUAUUUCAACGGGUUUGGCAAAACUCAAAGCGUUAAUCUAUAAAAUCUCGAAAAAUAAAAUAAAAAUUUAAAAAUCAAUCCGAGGAAAUUAAAAAUUCUAUUCACACUCGACGUCACCGUUGGCAACCGACUGUUUGGCCAAACAAAACAAAAACGGAAGAAAUGCUCCGACCGACUUCGAUCGCGAGUGUCUCAAAUUGGCCCAGAUGUCUCAAGUUGGAUUAAUUUAUUUUUCAUAUUAAUUUAAUGAAUUUCAACGAGAGACGAUGGACGUCGACAUAAGAAAAGAUUACAUCAUAAUUAGCGCCGCUAAUUAUUUUCAUCUAAAUGUCACUCCUGAAUUUGUAAAAUCCCACUAUGAGAUCGAUGACUUGAACAAGUUUCUCGAUUCAUCUAAAAUCAUGGCGAUAAUUGCCGUCAACGACAAUGGGAAAUUGAAGCUGUCUGAAAAGACGAUGCUAUCUGACUGCCCAGUGAAUACCGAAAACUUCUUCGCGUUUUUUAAAGUAUAUCCAGAAGUGAUCACAGAAAAAAACUAUCAUCAGAAUAUUUUGGUGGCUUCUAUGAUGAGUGCACCAUUGAAAACACUGUACUAUUCAUUGCAAAGAUUGUAUGCCCCUUUAAUUUGCAACAACAAUAAGUUAAAUGUUAAUCCUAUAAUUUUAAAACAAGUAAAAGAACUUGAGCAUACUCUGCACAAGAGUUUUUUUCAAAAAGAUUGGACAAGUGAAAAUACCACAGAGGUGCUAACAAUUGAUGAUGAAAUCGCUUUUUGGAAUAAUGUUACCAUCAUCAAUAGGAAGCAAGUCAAGCCGUCUGUCAAAGCUACCAUCGUCGACGCUUUGAAUCAACUGAACACAAGUCUAAAGGGAUUGAAUUAUUCGAUAAUUACAGAAGCCGAUGAAGCCAUAGACAACAUGUUUAAUGCUAUGGAUGAUAUUUGGAAAUUUGAGGAAUGGAUUUACCCAGAAGAUAAGAUGAAAGUCAUUCUAGACCUUAUCGGGAACAGUAUAGUUACUUCAAUUCAGGAAAAGACGGGUGAUAAAGAAUUUUUUCAUGCACUGACUGUUGAAGGCGAGGAUACUCUUAAAAGACACAUAAUCCUCUGUCAUAAAAUGAUAGCUGCGUGUGAAAAAUUUACCGGCUUCUUUUGGCCACAUUUUACUGAUCAUCCGUGGACAAGUGGUCCAUAUUUGCCAGAAUAUUUAAAAGGAUUUCAUAAACGGCUUUUAGAGUUGCAAAACGUCAUACAGCUCCAUGCCCAACUAACAAGUUUAUUUACAAAAAGUGAAAAGGUUGACCUUGCCACAGAUUCAUAUUUCCACCCCUUUAAAGGAAUCAGGCCAUACUAUUUCAAUUAUUUUACCGAACCAAUAUGGAACGCAGCAGUGGAAAGCUUUUAUGUCAAAAUUGCAUCAGCAGAACAAAAAGGGGCAUUCAAGUUGCAGUCUCUUUUCCAAGAAAUUGGGACUAACAUCCCUCAAUUGUAUCAAGAAUUAAGACACUAUGAUCGCCUCUUGGAAAGGCCUACAGUCAAAAGUUUUUUGCAUGCUGAACGGCAAGACAUGCUGCAGCGAAUAUUGUAUUAUUUUUCUUCAUUGAAGCCAAAGCCUCUGGAACAUUCAUUAGAGGUUGCUGACACUCCAGAACUUGUGAAAAAUAUUUAUUACGUUCGUCAAGUUUUAACUAAGAUAUCAGAUAUAUCACAAAUAACAAAUUCUAUAUUUGAUGAUAUUAAAGGCUAUGAUGAAUUUCUCGCAAUUAAGAAAGAUAUAUACAAGUCUAUCAAAUCUUAUGAAGAUUCUUUAUUUGAUGAGUGGACGAGAAAAACUCAAAAAAGAAGUUUAGGUAUUAAAACAGAUGAACCAGUGGUUCAAUUCGAGCAAGGCAAGCUUAUGCAAGUUACAUUUUCUCCGACGCUUCUUUUGUUAAUUCGUGAGUCACGACAGUUAUACAUGCUUGGGUUACCUGUAAGCAAUGAACUUAUGGAAGGAGCUGCGCAAGCCAGCCAUUUCAUGGAUCAAGCCAAAGCUUUAAACCAGAUCGCCACUUUUCACAACACGAUCGCCGACAGAAUGGUGAACUCUCAAAGAGCAAUGAUGCUAGGUGCAGCACGAGAGUUUUCACGACUUGUUCAAUCUCAAACCAAAGUCAACUGGGGUAGUGGAAAAUUACUAGCUGAUUAUAUUAAAAAACUGCAAAGUGUAGCUGAUAAGCUAUCCUUGCAAAACAAUAAAUUGGUUAAAUAUCACAAAUUCAUAUUAUCAAAGAUUGUUAUCUUAAUGAAUGCCGAUUUAAUAAAACAAAAGGAUCUAUGGAAAACUAUCAUGAGAGAAAUAAGAAGCGCUGUUCACGAAGUAGAAGAAGAGUUUACAAGUACUAAACACUGGUGUGCUCACAUUGAUUACCAGAUUUAUAAAGCGCUUGAAUAUCAGUAUCAAUUAACUCUAAUAAAGCUAAAUAGUGUAAUGCCAGAGUUCCAUCUAGAACUAGUAUAUAGGAAUCACAGAGUUGAGUAUCGUCCGAGCCUUUAUCAAGUCAGGAGAACUUUCUACAAGCAACUUAAAGGUCUUUUGAGCAUACCGUAUCAAAUACAAGGAAUCGGUGAUACAAAUAUUUACCCGUCUAUAAUUGAUCACACUGGAGCCAAGUUCUUAAAGGUAUUUGCAGAUGCUGAAAAUAAUUUUCAUAGAUUGCAAGAAUUCACUAGCAUCUGGUACAAAUGGGUGGCUUUAAGCAGUGAAAACAUCGAUUCGUACAUGGAGUCGAAUUUGUUGAAAUCCGACGAUUGGGUGCGUAAUUUCAGAGCGUCCAAGUACUUUGGACAGCAGAUUGCAACAUUGCCAAGUUUGAAAAAAAUAGGCCCAUUUUGUGUGAGCAUCGACGGAUUGAGGAACACGAUAGAAAGCCAGAACCGGAGGUAUUGGGGUAGUUUGUCAGUCUGGCUCCGGGCUUCUAUUCUGAAGGACGUUUCUCAUAUUGAAGCGUUUCACACAAAGGCCCAAACAGUUUUGCAACACCAGCCACAAAAAGUGGAAGAAAUCACAGAAGCACACUACAAUUAUCAAAAAAUCUUCGUCGAAAGUGACGAGAUUUCAAACAUGUUGGAGGAGUUGGACGAAAAAAAUAAGCUUCUUCGUUCAUGGACUAAAGAAAAUAUUACAACUGUUGAAGAAAUUAAAACUUCAUGGGCUAAUUUUAAACUUAUAAUUACAAACUAUAACCUUAUCAUUUCAAAAAAGGCAGAAACACUGAAAUUGACUUUACACUCAGAAGAGGAAAUUUUAAAUGAUGAAAUGGAGAGAUUCGUUCUUCAUUGGCAAGAGUUGAAACCGGAUGAAAAUAAGCUUCUCGAACCUGGGGUGAGUGACGAAUAUUUCAUCGCCAAUAUUGCAACGAUUAGGGAAAGAAAGGAAAAGUGGUUUAAACUGUUGGAGAAAAAGUCUAAAUUGGGAGAAGAUUUUGAAAAAUUGGGAUUACAGCUCUCAGAAACGAUAGACUACAAUGAAAUUGAAAAAGAGAUACUUCAGUGCGAACAGAUGUGGUCACUACUCGAAGAAUUUAACGACGGGCUUAAAAAACUUGCUGAUGAAGAAUGGAUCGUAAUAAGAGCUAAGGCGCAUUCAAAAACCAAUGUGUUCUUGGAAGAAUGGAUUGACAAGUUGAAGAAUACCAGCAGAUCAUCGGUCACCAUCAAAAUCUUACAAGACAUCGAUCAAUACAAGGAAAUUUUACCAUCUCUCCAAUACGUCAGAGGUGAAACAUUCACCGACCAGCAUUGGUCUGAAGUUUUCAUGACCCUUAACACUUCACCAAAGCCGUUGGAUCAAAUAAAAUAUGGGGACUUCUUGUACAAUGGACAAAAUAUUAUAACAAAUCUUGCAACUCUCCAGAAUAUUAAUUCUCGGGCUGCAAACGAAAUUGUAAUAAGGCAAGGACUAAACGAGUUAGAUGCUUGGGAAGCUGAAGCUAAAUUCACCAUUUACAAUCACACCGACUCCAAAGGGCAACAAUUAUAUAUGAUUAAAGACUUCAAAAGUGUUAUAAAUAAGGUUGGUGACAAUCAAUGCCUUUUACAAUCCAUUAAAGGAUCGACAAACGUGUCACAAUUUGCUGAUAGAGUUACAGUUUUAGAAGAAAGACUUACGAGUCUAGACAUGAAUCUACAUGAUUUAAACCAGGUUCAAAGAAAGUGGGCGUAUCUUGAGCCGAUUUUUGGUUCAGGGGCAUUGGAGGAAAAGAGAUUUGAUCGGAUCGACAAAGAAUGGCGGUACAUUAUGCACAACCUUUCCGUAGCUCAUUUUCGAGUGAUUUCAUUGACGAGGAUAAAUAAUAUAACGCAUACGCUGCAACAGCUGCUGCAAAGUCUUCUCCAAUGUCAAAAGACUUUACAAAACUACCUUGAGGAGAAGAGGCUAAGGUUCCCGCGUUUUUAUUUCGUCAACGACGAUGACCUCCUGGAGAUUUUAGGACAAGCUAGUAAAUACAAUGUAAUACAGAACCACCUGAAGAAGAUAUUCGCUGGUAUACAUUCUGUUGAAAUAAAAAACAAUAAUAUAACCACAAUUUUCUCGGCACAAGGGGAAGCUGUACAGCUUAAUAGUCCUGUCGCUAUAAGUGCAAAUGUUGAGGAGUGGUUGGAAAACCUAUCGCUUGAAGUGCAAGCCACACUAAAACUCCUAGUUAUCGAGUGUCUGAAAAAGCCUGACCCUCUGAAAUAUCCAUAUCAAGUUUUAUGCCUUGCGGAAAGAAUUACUUUUACAAAAAAUUGUGAACAGGCUAUUAACACAAAAGCACUAAGCAACUUGCAGUCAAUAGUUAAGGCACAAAGAGAUGAGUAUAUAAAACAACUGUUAGAAUGGUCAGGAAGCAUCAGCAAUGACAAGGAUGGGUACGUUUUGCAGUUGAAAUUAAAAGCUUUGUUGUUAGACACUAUUUACUACUUGCAAGUACUGGAAUCAUUAAUCCUCUCGAAAGUCGAUUCGUUAAAUGACUGGAGCUGGCAAAAAAUAUUAAGGUUUUAUUGCCUUGAAAACAAUGAUAUUGUUGUGAGGAUGGUGGAUGCAGAGUUUCAGUAUACUUACGAAUACCAAGGGGCUCACACGAAACUCGUUCAUACAGCUCUGACAGAUAAAUGUUACUUGACAUUGACACAGGCUGUUAGCAUGGGGUUCGGUGGUAAUCCAUACGGCCCAGCAGGUACUGGAAAAACAGAAUCAGUUAAAGCUCUUGGUGCAUUAUUAGGACGUCAAGUUCUUGUUUUUAAUUGCGAUGAGGGGUUAGAUGUUAAAUCGUUAACUCGUAUAAUGGUCGGACUGGUUAAAUGCGGAGCUUGGGGAUGCUUUGACGAGUUCAAUCGUUUAGAAGAAACUACAUUGUCGUUGAUAUCAUUGCAAAUACACGUUAUUCAAGAGUCAUUGCGAAAUCAUUCCUCUUCUAUAAUCCUUCUCGAUAAAACGGUUGAAGUCAACCAUAACUCUGGAAUAUUUAUUACCCUCAAUCCAGCUGGAAAAGGCUACGGCGGAAGGCAAAAGCUACCGGAAAAUUUGAAACAACUGUUUCGACCGGUUCUCAUGUCAAAGCCGGACGAUGUCGACAUAGCCAAUGUGAUGUUAUUGUGUGAAGGCUUUCAAAUGGCAGAUGAAAUCGGUGUUAAAUUGGUAACCCUAUUCAAUCUGGCAAAAAAACUGCUUUCACAACAACAACACUAUGAUUGGGGGUUGAGAGCGAUGAAAACUGUGGUCGGAAGCUGUGGUACCGCUUUAAGAAAUUUUUUAUCAUUAAAUCAAGUUGCAGAUUCCAGGUGCGUCGGACAACAACUAUUUGUUGGUGAAAGUUGGUUCAAUUUUUUUAAAGAAUCAAAACAAGAUCAUCCAAUUGAAGAUUCAGUAGAGUCCUCUGAAUCACCGGAUGAAAUAUCUGCUUGUGCCUUGCACAUUCGAAAAGAAAUCGAACAAGAAUUGACAGUGCAGGCAGUCCGACUAAACACUUUGUGCAAGCUCACGUUUACAGACAGUGCUAGGUUUGAUCAACUCGUGAAAGACGUCUUCCCCAACGUACAAUUCACAACAACCGGGUAUGAGGAGAUCAGGAAAAUGAUUUUGGAGGUGUAUGCCGAUAUGAAAUUAAAGUACAAUGAACGUCAGGCUAGGAAGUGCAUUGAACUGUUUGAACAACUUCAGCAAAGAAUGGGAGUGGUUUUAGUAGGUCCGUCUGGUUCAGGAAAGUCAACCAUUAUAAAUAUUGUUAAAGCAACUUUGUCUAAACUCAGUGUUGUCAUCCGGCAUGAUGUUAUUAGCCCCAAAUCUAUGUCCCGGCAUGAAUUGCUGGGCCAGAUCGAUCCAGACACACGUCAGUGGAGUGACGGUGUAUUGACAUCAAUAGCUCAACAAGUGUACAAUGAACCACAAGAUAUUAACUGUUGGAUUCAUUGUGAUGGCGAUGUCGAUCCGGAGUGGAUUGAGUCGCUGAAUUCGGUUCUUGAUGACAAUCAUCUCUUGACACUUCCUUCCGGUUGGAGAAUACAAUUUGGCGAUAAUGUUCAUUUCAUUUUUGAAACCCACGAUCUCAGUUAUGCAUCACCUGCUACCAUCUCCAGAAUGGGUAUUAUUUUGUUAAGCGGAAAAGACCUAACGUCAGAGACAUUGAUCGAUUCCUGGCUGGAAAAACUCAAUGAGGACGUCAACGAAGAUAAUUUGAUCAGGCAAUAUAUGGAAGAAUAUUUUUAUAAAGUUGUUAAAUGGUUGUCAGAAAAAGGUGAAUUCAUAAAUGAUGUCUCACUCAAUUCUACGAUUCUCAAUUGUCUUAAAACCAUACAAAAUAUAAAGACAAAAACUGAAUUUUGUUCGUGUUUGUUGAACGCAUUUUUUGGAAAUUUAACACAAGGGAUAAAGGAAAAGUUUGUAAAAAUGCUGAUGGAUUUAACUAAUGAAUAUAUAUCGGACGGCAGUUCUGAUUUUUAUCUUUAUUACGAUGGAAACAGUGACACUAUAAAAGAAUAUAAAACUUAUGUUGAAUAUUCAAGGACACCGUUGAACGUAGUGUUUCCUCCGAUGAUGCAGUAUGCAAGAGAUGUGAUACUCAACUGGCUGAAUACGAAUCAGUCGUUUAUUUUAAUAGGACCUGUAGGAAGUGGCAAAAGCACACUCUUGGAUCACUGUUUUGCCGAAAUACAUAACACAGAAGUUAUAACUAUCGAGUGCAGUGCCUACAUCUCGCCACACCAUAUCCUACAGAAAUUGAACGAAAUUUGUUUAAUUGUCUCAAACAGCUCUCGAAGAAUUUACAGGCCAAAGAGCGCUGACAAAAUUAUAAUUCACUUUUCAGAUAUAAACGUCGUUCAGUCUGACAAAUAUGGGACCAAAGUUUUGACGGAAUUUUUAAGACAGAUAUCAGAUCACCAUGGGUUUUACGAUAGCUCGAAUGAGUGGAUUGGAAUGGAAAAUAUUAUCUUUGUCUAUUCCGUCACUUCUCUCGGUGACUUGUCAACUAGAUUUACAUCUGGCAAUCAUAUUUUUAACUUGAGGCAUCCAACAAGCAAUGAACUACAGGGAAUUUAUACUGCUUCAAUGAAAAAAGUCCUCAGUGCUGCGAAUGUUCCAGUAGUAACAGCAAUUUUAGAAGUCUAUGAAUCGAUCUGCAAAGAAUUCAACAACUCUCCUCAUGGGUACAACUUUUGUCAACGGGACGUUGCCAAGUGGUGCACAAACUUGUUACGCUACGAUUUGAGUGUUAAUAAUUACGUUUAUGAGGCAAUUGCUUAUGAGGCCGUACGUUUGUUCAGGGAUAAGUUAUUUGAAGAAGAUCAAAAAACAUUUGACGAAAUAUUGAAGAAUGUAUUAACGCUUAAAUUUGAAAUGAAUCUAUCCCACUUGGAUGAUAUAUACUUUAUAAGUUACAAACAUGAUAGUCAUGUAGCUGAUACUUCUUCAUUACUUCGCGUACAAUCAAAGGAGUGGAAAAAUAUGGUUAAACAAGCAAGCCUUCAAUUGGGUGGAGACAAUUUCAGUACUUUGUUGACUCCUGAUUUAUUGAGGCUGACUGCUAAAACUGAAUGUGCCCUCACUGAAAAAAACGGCCAUAUAUUACUAGCCGCUAAAUCAGGAGCUGGCCGGAAAACAGCAAUACAAAUUAUAGCACAAAGGUUAAAUUGCACGAUAUACUUUCUCAAGUUGGGUGAAAAUUAUAGUGUUACCAAUUUUCAAAACGAUAUGAAGUCUGUACUGCAAGCUGGCGGUAUUAAUGAUGAACAAGUUCUUCUUUUAAUUGAAGAUUAUCAAAUUUUAGAUCAAACCUACUUGAAUAUGCUGAAUAGUCUUGUCUCAUCAGGAGAGAUUCUCGGGUUGUAUCAACCAGAAGAAAUAGAAAAUGUCACAGCCCCUUUAAAAUCUAUAAUUAUGGAGGAUAAUUAUGAACAAUCGGUUGUUCAGUAUUUCAGAGAACGUAUUUCUCGAAAUGUUCAUGUUGUAUUGUGUUUCGAUUAUGAUGAUGUUGGCUUCAACGAAUGGUUAAAAAACAAUCCAGCUUUGUUGAAAAAUUGUUAUCAAAUUUGGAUAGAGCAUUUUUCAUUAGAAACUAUGCGUGCUAUUCCAGAUGAACUGUUGAACAGAGGUAGAAGACCGUCUGACAAAGAUACGGCGCAAAAUGAUCUUAUCGAAACAAUAAUGAAGUUGCACAUAUCUGCUAGGAAAGUUGUUAAGGCGACUCCUUUGUCAUAUUUUAACUUGAUUAAAUUGUACAUGGCAUUAAAAUUGGAAAAGAACUCAAAUCUGUCAGAAAGGCAGAAUAGGCUGCAGGCUGGAAUUUCUAAAAUAGUUGAAGCUCAAGAAAUAGUCAAGAAGCUUAAGACUGAGGCAAAUGAACAGAAAGUUCUCCUUGAUGAAAAGCAAGCAAAAGGUAAACAGGUUCUAGACCAAAUAAGUGAAACAAUGGCUAAUGCAAGUUUACAAAGAAAUGACAUCGAGCAAUUGAGGAUUAAAACAGAAGAGGAAAAUAAAAAAUUGCAAAUUAGAAAAACAGAAAUAGAUAAAGAGCUAGCAUCCAUUGAACCACUUAUAAAAGAGGCUCAAGCAGCUGUAGGAAACAUAAAAGCUGAAUCUUUAUCAGAAAUACGUUCAUUGCGUGCCCCUCCAGUCAUCAUCAGAGAUAUUUUGGAAGGCGUUCUCCGUUUAAUGGGGAUACAGGAUACUUCAUGGAACAGCAUGAAAACGUUUUUGGCAAAGCGGGGUGUCAAAGAAGAAAUCAGGUCUUUCAAUGCAAGUGAAAUAACGUUUGAAAAUAGAAAUGCAGUGGAGGAACUUUUGAAAAGUAAUGCGUCCUCGUUUGAAAGUCGUAAUGCUAAAAGGGCUUCAGUCGCAGCAGCUCCUUUAGCUUCUUGGGUGAAAGCAAAUGUAGAAUAUUCUAAGGUUCUGCAGAAGAUAAGACCCCUGGAAAAAGAACAAGCAAAGCUUCAGAGAAAUCUUGAAGCUGCAGAAUUACAAAUUGAAGAACUAGGUACAGGACUGAAUAGCGUCGAUGCAGUUGUUGCUAAGUUAAAAGAUCAACUUAGUUCAUCAACAAAGGAAGCAGCUGAAAUAGAAGUUCAUCUCAAAAACGCCCACUCUACUAUUGUAGCUGCUGAAGGACUUGUUACUAAAUUAGACGAAGAAUUCAAAAUUUGGAUAAAACAAUUAUCUGAUCUAUCAACGACACUGGAAACAUUGACGCCGAAUUGUUUACUAGCUGCUGCUUUUAUAAUCUACCUGCCAGAUACACCGAAACAGUUGAGAUGGCAUCUCAUUAAUACCUGGAAGGAUUUGGUUAAAGCAAAUGCAAACUUCUCUGUCACUGAAUUUAUGAGCACUGAGAGAGAAAUGCUUCAAUGGUCGUCAGAAGGUCUUCCGGACGACGAGUAUUCCCAUCAAAAUGCCUUAAUUAUUUUAAACGCAAUGCUGCCACCGUUUCUUUUAGAUCCAGCGUCAAUAGCUACCUCAUGGCUGAAACAUCAUUUUGGAAAAGACCAAGUCGAUGUUGUUGCUCAGCACAGUCCAAUGUUCUUUACAAAAUUGGAAUUAUCCGUGAGGUUUGGGAAAACGCUGAUUGUUGAAGAUAUAGAGCAAAUACACCCAGUGUUAGAACCUGUCUUACGAAACAAUUUCGUUCAGCAAGGCCCCAGAAAAAUGGUUUACAUUGGCCAAAAAUUAGUCGACUAUCACCCUAAUUUUAAACUGUUUUUAACAUCCAGAUCUAUAGGAAUUGAAGCAAGUAAAAAAUUAAAAGCAUCGUUUCCUAUACUUAACUUUGGAGCAACUAUGGAAGGCCUUACACAACAACUUAUAAGUUGUGCUCUGAAAGUGGAAAAGCCUACGCUAGAAAAGCGAAGAGUAGAAUUACUGCAGGAAGAGGAACAACUUAAAACUAAGCUGUAUUUCUUGCAAGAAAAAGUUCUACAGGAGUUAGCUUCUUCUCAAGGAGACAUACUGCAAAAUCAAGAACUUCUCACUUCGCUUAAUAACACAAAGGAAAGUAGCACAGCAAUUAUGAAUUCGUUGGAGGAAUCAUCUGCCAUUAAAAAUGACAUGGUUAAAGAGUGCGACGUUUACAUGCCUUUGUCUGAAUAUGGGACGAAAUUAUUUUUCGCCUGUUCCGGACUUUCCAAAAUAAACAACAUGUAUUAUAUAUCAGUAGCGACAUUUUUGAAACUGUUUGAAAAGUCCAUCAUUUCGUCAUCAGAUUUAGAUAUUAAACAGAAAUAUCAGAAUCUUUUAAUUACUGUAUAUAAUUACAUCAGUCGAUCGUUGUUUAAAGGUGAUAGAUUAGCCUUCGCUCUUCAUUUAGUUCAUGCUACGUUACCUGAACUCUUUGGACAAAAUGAAUGGGAAUUAUUCACAGACCGAAAUGUUUCCGAUGUUACAAUUGAAACUCCACUUCAUAAAACCGAAAUGCCAAAGUGGAUCGAAAAUGACCGCAUACGAUACAUUACAAAGUUACAGGCAAUGUUACCAAACCUGUAUGAAAAAUUGAAGCUUGGGACUGAAACAUUCUGGCUGGAAUUUAUGUCGACGCCUUCACCUCAGAAACCGAAUCAUUGUGAACUCACGCCUUUUCAACUCAUACUCGUCCUGCAGGCCUUGAGACCAGACACAUUGCAUUCCAACUUAAUAUACUUUGUUCUCAACAGUUUAGGCUUGUCUUCUUUGUCACCUUCUACACUGCAGUUGUACGAUCUAUUGCCUGAAUCAGCUUCUUCUGAACCUAUCCUUAUAAUAACAUCACCGGGCAAUGAUCCUUCAAAAGAACUAAGUGCACUAGCAUUAAAUAGGUCUAUUGUGUGCAAAGAGAUGGUAGUUGGCCCAGGACAAGAGAAUGAAAUAUUAAGUGGUCUUUCUGAAGCUGCUAAAACCGGGAAAUGGAUCAUUUUGAAAAACCUGCAUCUAUUAACUAGUUGGCUUCCUACAUUGGAAAAAGCGAUCCAAGACCUGAAACCAGUUCCCGAGUUCAGAUUGUGGCUUGUGACAGAAGCGCAUAGCAACUUUUCACUUGCGUUGUUGAGCUUGUCGUUGAAGAUUACGUAUGAAGCUCCACCAGGAGUGAAAAGAAAUAUUGAACGCACCUACAACGAGUGGAAUUCGAACAAACUACUCGAAUCAUCGAUUUUGGGUUCCCAGAGUAUGUUUGUUCUCGCAUGGUUCCAUGCAAUUAUACAGGAACGGCGGACUUAUAUUCCACAAGGGUGGACUAGCUUUUAUGAAUUCAAUGACAAUGAUUUAUCCGUUGCGACAGCUGUCAUAAAGAAACGCCUGAGAGAGCAAGAUACAAAUAAACAAUGGGAUUACAUACACGGGCUAUUUGAAUCAGCAAUAUACGGUGGACGGGUUAAUAACAUUUAUGACCUGCGAGUCAUAGCUGCUUAUCUUCUUACAUUGUUUAAUUCAGACGUCAUACAUUCCAAUGGUCCAUCCUUAGCACCUGGAAUUGUCAUCCCAUCCACAUCUGAUAUAAAAGAACACCUUAGCUUAAUAAGAAGACUGCCUGAGGAAGAUAAACCCGAGUACUUUGGUUUGCCAAAGAAUGUUGCGAGAAUUUGGCAGCGUGUGACUAGCAGUAACACGGUUUUUUUAUUAAAAGAAUUGGACAAAAACUUGGUUGUGGGAGAUACGAUUGGCAUGAGCAAAUAUUCUUCUAGUAUCAGUUCUUUGGUCAAGCUAUGGAAACAAAUAAAUCAGCGUCUUGGGUUGAUUUAUAGAGAUAAACCAGAAGUCAAUGCAAACGAUGAACCGAUUGUAGCGUUUUUCUCUUUAGAAUAUGCAUUUGCAAUCGAUCUUAUUUCAACAAUACACACUGGACUUGUCGAUCUGACAAAAAUAAUAAAAGUCGGCAUUUUUCAAACGAAAAGUUCAAAGGAUAUGGCAAACUCCAUUUUGAUAGACCAGGUUCCUGAAGAGUGGGAUAAGAUUUGGAGUGGUCCGUCAAACCCUAAAGAUUAUCUUAAAAGUGUGAUCAGAAGAGCUUUGAAAAUUCAAGCGAUGGUGGAAGAUUUAAACAGCAUCAAUACCGAACCAAUCGAUCUAAACGACUUAUUCAACGUUGAAUCAUUUGUAAUGGCGAUUAGACAACAAGCCGCAAGAAAAUCCCGUGUUUCAAUUGAAAAAAUGGAAUUGAUCACCGACUGGGAAAGAACGAAAGGUGAUUUAUUGACAGGAAAUGCAGCAAUAACCGGUGUACUUUUGGAAGGUGCUCUCAUGAAGGACAGCCAUUUAAUCGCAUGCACAGAAGAGUCUCCAAGUGUUGCACAAGCUCCGCCAUUUGUAUUGUCUUGGCAAAUAGAGUCAUACAACUCCAACUCGUUUUCAAGGAUUGCUGUUCCUUUAUAUUCAUCAGAAAGCAGGGAGAAAUUGGUAGCAGAGCUUACGAUUCCGUGCAUUGACAAAGAGAAGAACCAGUGGAUCAAGUCUGGAAUCGCAUUCUACAUAUUUUCAUAGAGUUAAAAUUGCAAGGAUCGCUCUGAAAUUUUGGAAAAUCAGAUUGCACAGCCAAAAAAAGAAUAGAUCGAGCAGACGGAAUUUUAUUCAAUAGAAUGUGAUAUAAUACCGAUUUGUGUCGAUAAUUUAACCAAAUAAAAAUUUUCAAAAAAAUAUACGGUGCAUUGUGUAGAUAGAAAAUAUAUUAAUCUAAUGUACAAGUGAGGUUCAAUCAAUAAAUGUCUUAAAUUUUAUAUAAAUAAAAUACACCAUUCAUAGUGAUAAACAUAUUAUUUAGGUUAAAAACAUCACCAACAAUGUUAAUUAAGAACAAUAAAACUUAUCAAUGUGUUUUAAGAA